GCAUAAAAGAAAAAAUAAAUCGAUAAAGUUCCAUUGUAGAUGUUAUAAAUUCGUUUAGUGGUCCUAAUCCUCUCAUCAGUGAUCCGCAAUGGCUAUCCAAACCAAACUGGUAAUCAUUUUCCUCCUCUCAAGUCUCCUCUAUGGACGUGAAGUGUCCGCAGACUCGGACGUGGGUUUGAACACAGUUGAAAUGAUAGAAAAGCAUGGCUACGUGUGUGAAACCCACUACAUAACAACCGAAGAUGGUUACAUCUUAACAUACCACAGAAUACCACAUGGUAAAAACAACGAUAAUUCGACCAAAAGACCGGCCGUUUUGCUCAUGCAUGGUCUCAUAUCGUCUUCGGCCGAUUACGUAAAUAUGGGUCCGAACAAUAGUCUCGCCUAUAUUUUGGCCGACAUCGGAUAUGAUGUAUGGCUUGGUAAUGCUAGAGGGAACGGAUGGUCGCGAAAUCACACAACUCUGGAUAUAGUAGCAGAUGCUGAGAAGUUUUUCGAUUUCAGUUGGCAUGAAAUCGGGUAUUACGACCUGCCCGCUGCUAUAGAUUACAUCUUGGAUGUAAACGGUGACGAUAGUAUUUAUUAUGUAGGACACUCUCAAGGUACAACUGCCUUCAUGGUCUUGGGGUCCACUAGGCCAGAAUAUAACAGCAAAAUCAAAAUUGCCUCACUUAUGGGGCCUGCCUCGUAUAUGGAGCAUCAGUCCACUACGCUUUUAGUAGGUCUUUCAAAAUAUAUCUUUGAGUUGGAGAAAGUAGUAAAGAAAUACACAAUAUUUGAAAUACCGCUUCUGGCACAACUACGAAAGUUUGCGUCUGAUUUUUGCUCAAAUCCCGACAGUCUCAACAUCUGCGAAGAUGUUAUCGGUCUCAUAGGUGGACAAGAUAAACCGCAAUUUGACUUCGAAAAAUUCCCUGUAAUUCUUACAAAUGCACCCUCAAACGCAGCCAUGAAACAGCUUUAUCACUAUGGCCAACUUAUCAAAAAUGGUGGAUUUUCGCAGUUUGAUUUUGGCAGUAAAGAAAAAAACAAGGAAAUUUAUGGAACCGAUACACCCCCGGCCUAUGAUUUGUCGAAAAUUUCAGCACCUGUGGCUGUUUAUUAUGGAAAAAAUGACCAGCUGGUGAACUACUUGGAUGCGCAAACUGUAGUAAAGAAUCUUGGAAAUGUAGCUAAUGAUUAUUUCAUACCGUACGACCUAUUCGAUCACUUGGACUUCAUUUUUGCAAAGGAUGUUGUAAAUAUGCUCUAUGUAGAGCUAAUUAAAGUUAUGCAAAAGUACUGAAUAAAUUUUUACAUAGGA